AUGUUUCCUGUUUUUGAUAUUGCUUGCUACUGGCUCCACUCGUUUCUAUGGCUUGAGUUAUGCUAUCCGUUUCUUGCUUCAAUUAUGCUAUCCCUUUCUUGCUUCGUACUUUAUGUUUCUCUUGCUCCCACAUGUUCUUUUGCUCGUCCUACUUUAUGUUCCUUUGUUUUCUUCUGCUGUUCGUUCUAUUUGCUUUCGUUCUCUCGGUUCCUCCCUUCUUUCGUCCUAUUGCUUUACACACGGUCCGGCGUAAAGGAGUCUCUGAAGCCGCCCCUGAAACCACCACGGCCUCUGAAACCGCCUCUUGGCCCGCCUCUGCCGCGUCCUCUGCCUCUGAAGCCGCCCCGGAAUCCUCCACGGAAUCCUCCGCGUUCUCUUCUUGGAAAGCCGUUGUCCAUUUGCUCCUGGCUGGCCUGGCCGCCGUAUAUUCCUCUGCCAAACUGUCUUCCCUCGCGGAAUCCCGGAUCCAAGUCAAUCUCUAGACUCUGGCCGUCCAAGUAG